GUCAAGCAAAGGCAACUACUUUCUCACCGGAAUGAUCAUCUCCUCAGUCAUUUGUCAAAAUGAGAAAAUAAUAUUUUUAUCCGUUGAUCUUCACAUAAAUUUGUCUGAACUUUAAACCAUCUUAAUUGUGCGUGGAGUGAACGGAUUAUGAACGUAAGUGGUAAUCAAACAUGACAAUGGGGUCGGAACUUGACACCUGAGGUGUCAACAAUUCAGAUGGUCACAUUCGUAUAAUCGUCAAUAUCCUAACUGUGGAGUGAUGUAACGCCUCAUCAAAUAUAGUGUAUUAAUUAGAUAGCUAGUCGUCACAUCCUCAGAAUGCCCUGAGUUCUUUGCUGAACUUCAAUAUCACUUCCGUUUUGUAAAAGAAAUCUUCGAUUUGAGAGGACUUUCCAGAAUAUUCUAUCUUUGUCAUCUCCAUGACUGAUAGUCUGAUACUACACAAGGUGGGAUCCUCUCUCCAAGAUAAAAACAGACUCAAUUGUUGAACAAUGUGCAGUUUGCUAGUUCAAAGCUUGCUUGCUUUGGUAGAAUGGUGAUCACUUGAACUCUCGAGCAGAAGUUGAGGCAGAAAGUUAAAAAGCUCCGAUCUUCAGUAAAAACUGGGUUUUCGUUGAUUGGAAGUGUAGAUAAGCAAGUGCACGUUUCACAGCUGAGUUUUCAAGAUGUCACCUGGUCGUCUACGACUGAGAGGUGGGACAUUAAUCAAGAUUCGAACUCUGACAGGGCGGGAGAUAGAGCUUGACAUUGAUCCAAGCAUUAGCUUCAAGCAUGUUAAGGAGUUGAUUGAGGAGAAAGAGGGUAUACCUCCUGCUCAACAAAGAUUAUUGUUCUCUGGUAAACAAAUGACAGAUGACAAGACUGUGAGCGACUACAAAAUCGAGGGCGGCUGUACUUUGCAUCUGAUAUUGGCUUUACGAGGAGGAGAGUGAGUAAGAGCUUUUAGUAGAUGUUGGCGAAGUUGGACAAGUUGUUUGAGAAAAGCGAAAGAAAUGCCAAUCUCGAAGCUGCAGUUAUUCAGUUCUAUACUAGAUUAAUCUAUAGCAACACUGGUACGAAGGAGAGCAAUCUCCAAAUCAUAUGUCCGUGAGUACUAACUCUCCAAAUAUUUUUGUUUACCGUUUUACUCUUCAGAUUUUGAUCAGUUCCGUUCUGCUGGUUUAUUUGAACAGAUUCAAAAUUAAUUUUAUCUUAUAUCGUAAAUGAUUCAUAGGACUGUUUGAUUCGUUAAAUACGCUGUUUAUAGACGAAAUCGAUCCAUACACACCGAUAUAGCCGUUCUCCAACUUUCAGUAAACUCUCAUGAAUGCACAUGU